AUGGCAGAAUUCCUAGACUUCGUCAUUUACUUCCUCAUUUGGCUUAUUUCUACUAUUCUGAUACGAAUAUUUUUAAAAAAAGGAAACACUUCAGGCCUUCCUCCAAGCCCUCUAGCCUUACCGGUUAUUGGUCAUCUCCACCUCCUCUCCCCAAUACCUCACCAAGCUCUAGCCAAGCUGUCGCAACGUUGUGGACCAUUGAUUCACUUAUUUCUUGGUUCGGUCCCAUGUGUAGUAGCUUCCUCACCUGAAAUGGCUAAAGAGUUCUUGAAAACAUACGAAAGUUCCUAUUCCAAUCGACCACAAAGUUUUGCUGUCGAUUACCUAACAUAUGGUUCUCAAGACUUCUCAUUUGCACCUUAUGGACCUUAUUGGAAAUUCAUGAAGAAACUAUGCAUGUCUGAACUUCUUGGUGGUCAAACAUUAGAACUGUUACUUCCUGUUAGACGAUCUGAAAUGAGAAGUUUUAUGGAAUUUUUGUUGAGCAAGGCCAGUGCAGGCAAGUCGGUUGAUAUUGGAGGAGAGCUUAUUAGAUUGACGAAUAAUGUAAUUUCAAGAAUGAUUAUGGGUGAAAGGUGUUCGGAAGAUGAAGACAAAGCUGGAGAUGUUAGAAAAUUGGUUCAAGAGAUUGCUGAGCUCACAGGGAAGUUUAAUCUGAUGGAUUUUAUAUGGUUUUGUAAGAAUUUGGAUUUGCAGGGAUUCAGAAAGAGGCUUAAGAAGGUUCGUGACAGAUUUGACGCGAUGAUGGAGAGGAUCAUUGAUGAACAUCAAAAUCCAGGCCGGAAACUGAAGCUAGAAAAUGAGGAAGGAGAAAGCGUACGAGAUUUGCUUGACAUUUUACUUAAUAUAUCAGCAAAUGAGAGCUCGGAGAUGAGUUUGACAAGAGAGAACAUAAAAGCUUUUAUCCUGGACAUAUUUGCUGCAGGAACUGAUACAUCAGCAAUCACAACAGAAUGGGCUCUGGCAGAAUUAAUCAACCAUCCUAACAUAUUGCAUAGAGCCCAGCAUGAAAUUAACUCUGUUGUUGGCCAAAACAAACUUGUAGAAGAAUCAGACAUUUCAAACCUUCCAUACCUUCAAGCCAUUGUUAAAGAAACGCUAAGGCUUCAUCCAACAGGACCAUUAAUUGUCCGAGAGUCGUCUGAAGAUUGCACCAUUGCAGGUUACCACGUUCCAGCGAAAACGAGACUUUUUGUCAAUGUUUGGGCCAUUGGUAGGGAUCCAGAACACUGGGAAAAUCCACUGGAGUUCCGGCCUGAAAGGUUCUUGAAUGAGGAUGGUUAUUUGAAAGCACAGUUAGAUGUAAGGGGACAACAUUAUCAUUUAUUGCCAUUUGGGAGUGGUCGAAGAGGCUGUCCCGGAACUUCUUUGGCAUUGCAGGUUGUUCAGACAACCUUAGCUGCCAUGAUUCAGUGCUUUGAGUGGAAUGUUGAAGGGAAUGGGACUGUGGAUAUGGAAGAAGGACCUGGUAUAACACUUCCAAAGGCUCAUCCUUUGAUUUGUUUCCCUGUGGCUAGACUCAAUCAAAUUCCAUCUAUACUUUUCAAUGACCUAACCGGUUCAAUCCCGCCUGAACUUUCCCUCCUCCAAAACCUUGAAGCCAUUCACUUGGACUGGAACAAACUCACUGGUAACAUCCCAGAAUCCUUUGGAAAGUUCACUGGAAAAGUACCUGAUCUUUAUCUCUCCCACAACAACCUCACAGGUUCAGUCCCAAGAUCAUUAGGUGACUUGAAUUUUACGGACCUCGACUUUUCGCGCAAUAAACUUGUAGGUGACAUCUCAUUCUUGUUUGGCAGAAACAAGACUUUACAAAUAGUCGAUUUUUCAAGGAACAUGUUUGAGUUCGAUCUGUCAAAGGUGCAGUUUCCUGACAGCUUACAAUCGUUGGAUUUGAAUCAUAAUAGGAUCAGUGGGAGUCUGCAGCAGGAUUUGACAAAUUCGAAUUUGCAGUAUUUGAAUGUGAGUUAUAACAGGUUAUGUGGUCAGAUUCCAAUGGGUGGGAACUUGCAGAGCUUUGACAUUAGUUCUUAUUUCCACAACAAAUGCCUCUGUGGAUCUCCAUUGCCUGCCUGCAAUUGA